CACCUGGGGAAAAUCGCUGCUCUGGUCUUCCCUGUCUUGCUGCACAGGGACGGUUCGCUCAGUAUUUUUGUGAAAUCCCCACUGUGUCUCUGGGUAGGCACCUCCCAGGAUCCUCCCUGGAUUUUCGAACCUUCUCCAGUCAUCGCAUGGUGGCAAGGUGAGACCCCUCAAAACCCUCCCCAGCCUUUCUCUUCCCUCUCCUCCCUUUCCCCUCCCGUGAGCCUCCGGGAGGGAUCUGCAACAUGAAGUUUCCAUUUGGAGCUGGCAAAUUCCUGGUCUGGGGCUUAUGCAAGGAGACCAUGACCACUGAUGAGGCCACCAAGAGCGAAGGGGAGGUGCAGGCGGCGGCUCUCGCCGAGCGCGGGGAGGACAUCACGCCGGCUCGAGACCGAGGGGUCCUGAAGAUCAUUAAACGACCUGGGAGUGAAGAUGAGUCCCCCAUGAUCGGGGACAAGGUUUAUGUCCACUACAAAGGCAAACUGGCCAACGGGAAAAAAUUUGACUCCAGCCGCGAUCGGAACGAGCCCUUUGUCUUCAGCCUGGGCAAGGGUCAGGUAAUCAAGGCAUGGGACAUCGGGGUGGCUACCAUGAAGAAGGGAGAGAUCUGCUACUUGCUCUGCAAACCCGAGUAUGCAUAUGGCUCUGCUGGCAGUGCCCCCAAAAUCCCCUCCAAUGCCACCCUCUUUUUUGAGGUCGAGCUGCUUGACUUCAAAGGUGAGGACUUGUUUGAGGAUGGAGGGAUAAUCCGGAGGAUUAAGAAGAAGGGAGAAGGUUACUCCAAUCCUAACGAAGGUGCUACAGUGGAAAUUCACCUCGAGGGAUUCUGUGGUGGCACCAGGUUCGACUGCAAAGACGUGAAGUUUGUCGUGGGCGAAGGGGAGGACCAUGACAUCCCCAUCGGCAUUGACAAAGCCCUUGAGAAGAUGCAGAGGGGAGAGCACUGCAUCCUCUACCUUGGGCCACGGUACGGCUUUGGUGAGGCAGGGAAGCCGAAAUAUGGCAUCCAGGCGAAUGCGGAGCUGGUGUACGAGGUUACGCUGAAAAGCUUUGAAAAGGCCAAGGAGUCAUGGGAGAUGGACACCAAAGAGAAGCUGGAGCAGGCUGCCAUCGUCAAGGAGAAAGGCACGAUGUACUUCAAGGAAGGCAAAUACCUGCAGGCAGUGAUUCAGUAUGGGAAGAUUGUGUCCUGGCUGGAAAUGGAGUAUGGCUUGUCUGAAAAAGAGUCAAAAGCCUCUGACUCUUUCCUCCUGGCUGCCUUCCUCAACCUGGCCAUGUGCUACCUGAAGCUGCGAGAGUACGCCAAAGCUGUUGAGUGCUGCGAUAAGGCACUAGGACUGGACCAGGACAACGAGAAGGGCUUGUACCGGAGGGGUGAAGCCAGGUUAUUGAUGAAUGAGUUUGAGCUGGCAAAAUGUGACUUUCAAAAAGUGCUGGAAGUGAAUCCCCAGAACAAAGCAGCAAAAUCCCAGAUCUCUGUCUGCCAGAAGAAAACAAAGGAGCACAACGAGCGGGACCGGAGGAUCUACGCCAACAUGUUCACAAAGUUUGCGGAGAGGGAUGCAAAGGAAGCAGCUAGCAAAACUGGGGUCGAAAAAGCAGUGGAGAAAGCAGCUUGUGAAAAGGGACCGAAAACUCCCGGUGCUGAAGAUGAAGAGGCUGAAGGACAUGUAUGAUGGAGGAGGAGGGGAAGGGAGAGCCUCCUGCCCUCAGCCCAUGCAGAAAAAGGUUGCUGCCAGACCUCGGGACUCGCCAGUGUUUUCUUGUAAAGCUUGUUACAGUUUGUGUGAUCGUGGAAGCAAAAAGCACCUCGCAAAGAAAAAUGAACCCUGUCCCACCGCCCUGGGCGCACUCGGGGACACAGCAGGAGCGGCGGGAUGCCAUGGGACCACCGCACAUGGAACAAAUAGCUUUUAAACAG